CCCACCCCGCGGGGCCACCGCCCUGCAUAGGCUCCGGGAGGAGCAGCCGCCCCAGCUGCAGGGCCUUGGGCCUUCCGCGCCUCCCGCGCCUCUGACCCUCCGACCCUCCCAGGUUGCUGUCUCUUGGUUCAGAAUCGUCUCUGCGAAAGUUCAAGAUUCUUUUUUUUAAGUCUUAUAUCUUUAUCCAUUGGGACAGUAUUUCCUUAAAACAAAAUUUCCAGUCACACUUCUUUUUGAAGAAGCUUGGCAAUGAUGAGGAGGUAGCAGCUAAAAAAGGUCUCUGAAAGAAGAUGAAUUUGGCUGAGAUUUGUGACAAUGCAAAGAAAGGAAGAGAAUAUGCACUUCUUGGAAAUUAUGACUCAUCAAUGGUGUAUUACCAGGGGGUGAUACAGCAGAUUCAGAGACAUUGCCAGUCAGUCAGAGACCCAGCCAUCAAAGGCAAAUGGCAUCAGGUUCGGCAGGAAUUACUGGAAGAAUAUGAACAAGUUAAAAGUAUUGUCAGCACUUUAGAAAGUUUUAAAAUUGAAAAACCUCCAGAUUUUCCUGUGUCUUGUCAAGAUGAACCAUUUAGAGAUCCUGCUGUUUGGCCUCCUCCUGUUCCUGCAGAGCAUAGAGCUCCACCUCAAAUCAGGCGUCCAAAUCGAGAAGUAAGACCUCUGAGGAAAGAAAUGGCAGGAGUAGGAGCCCGGGGACCUGUAGGCCGAGCACAUCCCAUAUCAAAGAGUGAGAAACCUACAAGUAGGGACAAGGAUUGUAGAGCAAGAGGGAGAGAUGACAAGGGAAGGAAAAAUACGCAAGAUGGUACAAGCGAUGGUGAAAUUCCAAAAUUUGACGGUGCUGGAUAUGAUAAGGAUCUGGUAGAAGCCCUUGAGAGAGACAUUGUAUCCAGGAAUCCUAGCAUUCAUUGGGAUGACAUAGCAGAUCUGGAAGAAGCAAAGAAAUUGCUAAGAGAAGCUGUUGUUCUUCCAAUGUGGAUGCCUGACUUUUUCAAAGGAAUUAGAAGGCCAUGGAAGGGUGUGUUGAUGGUUGGACCCCCAGGCACUGGUAAGACUAUGCUGGCAAAAGCCGUUGCCACUGAAUGUGGAACAACAUUCUUCAAUGUGUCCUCUUCUACACUGACAUCUAAAUACAGAGGUGAAUCUGAGAAGUUAGUCCGUCUCUUGUUUGAAAUGGCUAGGUUUUAUGCCCCUACCACAAUCUUCAUUGAUGAAAUAGACUCUAUCUGUAGCCGAAGAGGAACUUCUGAUGAGCAUGAGGCAAGUCGCAGAGUCAAGUCUGAGCUCCUCAUUCAGAUGGAUGGAGUUGGAGGAGCUUUAGAAAAUGAUGAUCCUUCCAAAAUGGUUAUGGUAUUGGCUGCUACCAAUUUCCCAUGGGACAUUGAUGAAGCUUUGCGAAGGAGAUUAGAAAAAAGGAUAUAUAUACCUCUCCCAACAGCCAAAGGAAGAGCUGAGCUUCUGAAGAUCAAUCUUCGUGAAGUUGAGUUAGAUCCUGAUAUUCAACUGGAAGAUAUAGCAGAGAAGAUUGAGGGCUAUUCUGGUGCUGAUAUAACUAAUGUUUGCAGGGAUGCUUCUUUAAUGGCCAUGAGGCGACGUAUCAAUGGCCUAAGUCCAGAGGAAAUCCGCGCACUUUCCAAGGAGGAGCUUCAGAUGCCUGUUACCAAAGGAGACUUUGAGUUGGCUCUUAAGAAAAUUGCUAAGUCUGUCUCUGCUGCAGACUUGGAGAAGUAUGAGAAAUGGAUGGUUGAAUUUGGAUCAGCUUGAGUUUUUGUCAGCUCUUUCAUUUUCAGUGUAUUUGCUUAUAAAAUGUGAAGAAAUUCCUACAGUUUUUCAAGACAGGUUUGGAAUUUUUCAUUUGAGAUAUUUUGACUUAGAGGCAAAAAAAAAAAAUCUAAAACUACUAAGAAUACUCAGUGUGAUUGAGAACUAAGAAAAACUUAUACAAAGAAUCUGAUCAUCUCCCUUGCCUGGCCUUGUGCUGGUAUUCCACAUACUCAUGCAUUGAUAUUCUGUACCCAACCAAACCAGUAUAUCAGGGAGGCCAAAGAAAGUAGCAGUGAAUUAUUUUAGAAACUUGUUUACAAAAGAUUUAGAAGGAUGUUUAUUUCUUAUUUGCAUUUGUCUUUUUUUUUUUCCUUUCAAUCUACUGCUCUGUGACUAUGAGGGUGCUAUAUAUAUUGGCUUUUAACAGCAAAAGUGGGUUUGUGUCAAAUUCAUUGUUGUUAGAAGAGUGAUAGUAAAUUUUGGAGGAAAUAAGGAAUUUGCUAGUUUCAAUCUUUAGAAUUCAGUUCCUACUAGAGUAUUAAUAGUUACAAUAUUCACUCCCCCCCCCAUUUCCUCUAUUAGCUAUUUGAUUAUUUUCUUGAUUAUCAAGGACAACCUAUGCUCUGGGUUUUAAUCAUUUUACCAGGUGGUUUCUCUGGUUUGUAGUAUUUUUUGCCGAUGUCUCUUACAUUUCAUAUUGGAAAAGUGGAAAGAAUGUUAUGAUUACAUUAGUAGCACUUGUUCAUUCUAGACUUAUAAGUUUGUUUUCAUUUUUCUUUCAACAUGUUCAAACAGGUAACAGCCAAUAUUUUUCUCAGCUCCAACACAAUUUGAUUUUUGUUGAAUUCAAUAUUAGUAUUUAAAAACAUACUUCGGCAUUUUAAACAAACUUAGUCUGCAUGGCUAAUGCAAAAGAAAAUUUUUGUAGUUUCCACACGGCUUAUUUAACAAAACAGCAUCAUAUGUAAUGAAUGAUGUUCAUUUGAAAAGUUUGAAGUUCUUCCUUGUCUUGAUGAAGAACUGGUGCACAAAGUAAGAUCAGGUUAGAUAUCUGUCUGCUCAUCAGUCUAGCAAGAAUUUGAUGGUAGAUCAGAACCAGGAAAGGCAAAUGGCAUAUAUCUAAUCACAAGUAGAGCAUUCAGAAUGUGUAAUUAAUUACAUUUAUCCUAUUUGAAUUACUAGACAAUCUGUUUCCCAUGAUCAAUCUUUUUAAAAUUUAUAUUUGAUAACAUACUGAAUUCUUGAUUUUGAAUAGCAACUACUGAUUUAAAACUAAAAAUGUAUAUAUAUAUAUAUAUAUAUAUAUAUAUAUAUAUAUAUAUAUAUGGCUUACAGGCAGAUGGAAAAACUCUUAGUGUUUUGCUUAAAAGAUUUAAUUUUUUCCAUUAAGAACUAUAAAUGCCUCAUGUUCUUUUCAGAUAACUUAAGUUUCCUUUUAAACUUCAGUGUUUAUCUGAUAUAAUAAAUUGCCCUUUUUCCUCAGAAAUACAGAUAAGACUCCAAAUCAUAAGGAAUCAUGAUUUUAAUAAUUGGGUUAAUUCAUCUUGAAAAACUGAAAUGAAGGAAGUUUCCUUUUAUUUAUUAACUUUAAUUUAAUUUAUUUAUUUAUUUAUUUUUGAGAGGGGCUCUCCCUGUGUUGCCCAGGAUGGUCUCAAACCCCUGGGGUCGAUUGAACCUCCUGCUUCAGCCUCCCAAGUACCUGGGACUAUAGGUAUGCACUGCUGCACCCUGCAUCAUUUGUAAACUUUGAAAAUAAAGAAAUAAUUCCACUAAAAUUAUCUUGUGAACUAUUGCCAUUCAGUAGUGUAUUUUCCCUCUAAAUUUUUAGGGACAAUUGUUAAAACAUAGUUUGGUGAUUAUUAAACUUCUCUGUCACAUUUUAAUUGAUUAGUAGACCUUUUCUGGGUUUUGUGCCUCAGUGCAUAUUUAAUUUUCUGAAUUCUUCAUGGAUAAUGACAUGGCAAUUGUGUUUCUUUUAUUACCAGUUAAGCAGUAUUUGGGGACUCAAAACUUCCUGGAAGCUUAUCUUUACUAUGUUCAGUGAGUCAGCUGUGCUUGUUUCCUUUGUUUCUUGUUUUGCUCUGUCAGUGGGUGGUGAAGGCUUUGUAUAUCUUAAGCCCCUUAAAAGAUCAUGAAGAGUUCUCUCAUGUGUUCUGUCCGGCUUUUAGUGUACAUGUGUAUACACUGUCUUUAUUGCAAGGCAGUGUGUUACCUUACCUGGAAAGAGAUAGAAUUGCUUUGGUUUGCUUUUCUAUAUGGCAAAAGCAGAUGCAUUAUCAGAAGUAGAAAUAUUUGGUUCCUUUAAUUCCUCUGAGAACGUGAGUAUUCAGAAUUCUGUUGGGCAGACGUGGUUUGGUUGCUUUCUUUGUACAGGACAGCUGUUGGGAGCUCUGUGGCUUGCAAAGCUGGACCAGAUAGUGAAGUUCUGACUUGUUCCUUUCUCCGAUUCCUCUACGUAGCUCCUACCUUCUGCUGAAACAAGAGUUUACCUCAUAGGUGGAAAGACACAGCAAUCUAUGUUUGGGAAGAUAAUAUAAAAAUGUCCCCCCCUCAAGCUCUCCCCCCCUUUUUUUUUUUUUGCUUUUCAGUCAGUUUUAAAAUUAGAACUGAUAUCCAUUUGUUUGAACAGUAUAAACCUGUUAAAAAUCUGAUUGUUAUGUCAGUUUUUAUCAUUUUCUAUACCAUAAUUACAUGUGCAAUUAUGGUAAAUGUGUACAUGUUACAUUUUUGCUAUAAACAUUUUGUUCCCAUAAUUCCUUUUUUUUAAAAAAGGGAAUUAAUGUUGAUGAAAUGGACCAGAUAAACUGUUCUUCACUGGAGACUGUAUCUUCUUAGUCUCUCAAGUAGACAACAGAUGACAGCAUCACAUCCACCACUUUCCUGCUGGUAACAGUGUAGUCACUCCACAGUGACAUAGCACAUCUAGGCUCCGACUCCCAUCUCCUCAGAUACCAAGACAUGGUGAAGUGGAAUCUCCCUGCAGCCUGGCUAUAUAGCAAGGACUUCAUUUGAGCCCCUGAGAUUAUGGUGUUUGUGAUGUGAUUUUUGACUCAGAUAUCUCAAAAAAUUGUCUGAAAUCACUAUUCAGAAAGCAAACAAGCAGGUAUCUGAUGAAUCUAAUAAGAACAGCCAUACAGCUAUAUCAAGGAAAAAUGUGUAUAUGCAGGGCAAACUGAAAGUACAGUUAUUCUUUCACUUUGCCCUGUGCAGCCUGUUGGACAAGAAAUAAUAGAUACUCCUUAGGUUUGGGAGAGCAUGAGUUCAUUUGGCUUCCUUUCUUGAAAGUAAGUUUCUGUGUACACUGAUGAGUCUGAGAUGAGAAUCAUAAAGCAGUAACAGUGUCUUUGACACAGCGUGAGGUAACAUGAAGGACAAGGCAGGUAUUCAUGUGUGGGUGUCUUUGACUCCUCUGGUAUUGUCUAAGUUAUUGAGUCUUUUUUUUGCAUUAUGGUCAGUUUCUCCUUUUUCUAUCUUAAUGAUAAAUCACCUUAGAGGAUAUAUCCUGUAUUUUGGAAUCAGAUGUUAAGGGUGUAUGCUGACUUUUUCCAAGAAAAGGUCACUUAUCUUGUAUGAGGAAAAAAAAUCAUACUGUUCUAACGUUUUUUGUGUGUUUGUUUUGUUCUUUAACUGUUCUGUGUAUUUUUUACAUACCACUUAAUUUGUGAUGCACAUAAUAUUUAUGUGAACCUAAACAUCUGUCACAAAAAAAGAAAGUAGGAACUACAGUUGGGAGGACAUGUUAAAGGUAUAAAAAUGUUUUGCUUUCAUUUCCACUAAUAAUAUUUGCAUAAAGAGCUAAAACCCUGUUGUAAUUACUGUAAGUUUACUUAUUUAUACUUUUAAACUAGGCUUUUCAUACUUAUUUAUUUUUGGACAUUCACUUUUAAUGUUGUUUCUGAAUGUGGAAACUGUGAGUAUUUAAAAAAUCAAAUCUGUAUAAUGAUAGAUAUGUUUUCACACAUUUAUGUCAUUGACAAUAAUUUGAAUUUUUUUAGGUUUUGGAUUCUGAACUCUAGCUUUGAUAUUUCUAAAUUUCAGAUGGCUUAUUAGUAAAACAGGGAAAAUGUUAAAGUAAUAUAAAAUUCUUUUUGUUUUACUUUUCUCAUUUGUUGAGAAAAUAAAAAUAAAACCUGGAUAUAUUAUUUUAUCACAAGUAGUAUGUAGCUUUUGUAUACUUGGCACAACAAAUAGGGAAUUAGUAUAGCAAAGUCUCCCUCUUAUCAAAGGGCUUUCAUUUGAUAUGUUCAGAGCUAUAAAAUGCACUUUUACUUUACAUUCUCUGAAAUGACUAAAUACUACCCUUUAGAAAACCUGAAUCUUUGCACAUGUUAUUCCCAGAGUCUACCUCAGGUCACCAUGCUUAUUAGUUCUAGACGUGAACCCAGUUCAGUUCUUCAUAUAUGCAGAUUUGCUUCUUUCAGUACUCUAUUCCCUUCUGCUCGUGCCCUCUUCUUAUUAACUUUUUUAUUUAAACACAAAAUUUUCUUAAAAGCUUUUCUUUUAAAAGCUUUUCGCCUUUCUUCCUCUUGCAGAUUACGCCUCUGUGAAUUGUCAGAGUUACUUUCCCCACUGUUGUCAUGGCCAGCUUCAUUAUUUGUGUGUAUAUCAUUCUUAGGAGCAGGUUCAAACACAACGUGCAUCCUACUAUUUCCUUGUAGCUUUGUAAACAGGGACAUUAAAAAUUUUUGAACCUAACCGUUCUUGUGCUAUUUUCUAAGAACCUAAAUACUUUUUGAAAAACACUCCAAAGUGGACAAAUGUACAUUCAUCGGGAGAAGGCUUCAAUGAACACUGUUGCGCACAGUGUCCAGCGAAUCGCUGCGUGUUACAGUGGUUUGUAAAGGUCUUCCUAAGAUUUUUGUUCCAGUGUUUAUCUCCCAGUAUUUGAACCUAGUUUAAAGAAAAAGGGUUUUCUUAAUUGUAUUUAUUAAAUGUGUUUUUCUUCACAUUUUGUGCUGCUACUUUACUAGUCUUGAGCUUAGUUGUGUUUGUGUGUAGGUUGUAAUCUGGUAAUAAAUUUCUAGAGUGUU